CUUUUAUUACUUCCUUCACCGCCAGCUCGGAGCCUUCUCUCUCUCUCUCUCUCACUGCAGCUUCCGAAUCAAAUCCUCAAAGUCUUCAAUUCCACCGAUCUAACGUUUCUCUUCAUCAAUCCGCCUUCAGCUCCCAUUCAGCCUCACCGGCCAUCAGUCUCUCCCGCUUCUCGGGACGCCGAUCACUGUGGAUCUAGGUUUUCUCCGAAGGACCUCUCCAAGUCAUUUUAGUUGUUGCGACUCCAACUCGAGAGUUUUCUUUAUGGAGGCUGAGGGUUAAUCUUUUGGAAGAUUUGCUUGGGAUACAUAAAGAUGGCUCCUGCUAGCAAGGCAGACAGAAAGGCAGCUGCUGAUGUGGCUGCUUGGAUGUUCAAUGUUGUCACAUCAGUUGGAAUUAUCAUCGUCAAUAAAGCCUUGAUGGCUACUUAUGGUUUCAGUUUUGCAACCACGUUAACUGGUUUGCAUUUCGCUACCACGACGCUGAUGACUGCUGUUUUGCGGUGGUUGGGCUACAUCCAAUCCUCUCAUCUUCCUCCGCAAGAGCUUCUAAAAUUUGUCAUCUUUGCCAACUUUUCUAUUGUUGGAAUGAACGUCAGUCUAAUGUGGAACUCAGUCGGGUUCUAUCAGAUUGCAAAGCUAAGCAUGAUUCCUGUCUCCUGCUUUCUGGAAGUUGUAUUGGACAAAAUACGAUACUCUAGAGAUACAAAGUUAAGCAUAGCUGUUGUUUUGCUGGGUGUUGGUGUUUGCACCAUAACAGACGUCAGUGUCAAUGCUAGAGGCUUUAUUGCUGCCUUCAUUGCAGUCUGGAGCACUUCACUUCAACAAUAUUACGUUCAUUUCCUUCAAAAGAAAUAUUCAUUGAGUUCUUUCAACUUGCUUGGACAUACUGCUCCUGCCCAGGCAGCCUCCCUGCUGCUAUUAGGCCCAUUUCUGGAUUAUUGGAUGACAAACAAAAGAGUGGAUGCCUAUGACUAUGACAUAGUCUCUGUGAUGUUUAUAGUUCUUUCGUGCACUAUCGCCGUUGGGACCAAUCUGAGUCAGUUCAUCUGCAUAGGCAGAUUUAGCGCAGUCUCUUUUCAAGUGAUUGGUCACAUGAAGACAAUCCUCGUUCUGAUAAUGGGCUUCCUCUUCUUUGGGAAGGAAGGCCUCAAUCUUCAAGUCGUGGUGGGCAUGGUGAUAGCAGUAAUGGGAAUGAUCUGGUAUGGGAAUGCCUCAUCUAAGCCCGGCGGAAAGGAGAGACGUAGUAGUCACUCUCUCCCCACGAGCAGACAACAUAAACACGGCAGCGAGUCCACUGAGCUCGACGGGAAAGUUUAGACAUUCUGGUAGGGAGCGGAUCUUAGAAAAUCAGUUUGACCCAAGACACUGAUUUAUCUUGUGAGGUUAGCAAAAUCCUAUUUUCUUUUUCCUUUUUCCUUUUUCCAUUUCCCCUUUUUUGUUUUAUUAUUAUUGUUCCCUAGUCCCCAUUAAUUUCCCUGAUAAUGUAAUUCUUUUUUUUUCCCUUUAUAUAUUGUCGCUUGAAUUUGAGUGUUUUUGGGGAACAGAUAUUUGCUGAAUAGGAUUGGUAGGUUUUGCGAAAUCUUUCAUUUGUUGUUCAAACUUAACUUAUAGUAACUAAGGAUUUGAUUCAUUUUAAUGUUCACAAUUUAUAGAGUUUGUUUCAAAUUCUGUUCCA